UGUCUGUCUGUGUGGGGAAGGGGCUGGCUGUCUCUCUGUCUGUCUGUGUCUGUUUGUCUGUGUGGGGAAAGGGCUGUGUGUCUCUGUCUGUCAGUGUCUGUCUCUGUGUGUGUGUGUGUCUGUCAUUGUGUGUCAGUGUCUGUCCGUGUCCGUCUGUCGGUCUGUGGCAGAGGGCGUGUCCCUGUCGCCCCGUGAUGACGUCGCACGCGGUGUCCCCGUGACGCGACGCAGCGAUGGCGGCGGCAGCGGCGGCGCUGCGGGGCCGGCGCUUCAAGUGGGCCCUGGACCUGGGGGCGGCUCCGGGGGCUCGGCCCCGCGGAGCCGCCGAGGGCCGCGGCCCGCUCGGCUUCGCUGACCGGCAGCUGGGGGAGGGCGGCGUCCACGAGAGCGACAAGAUCCUCAUGGAGAAGCGCUGCUGGGACGUGGCUCUGGCGCCGCUGAAGCAGAUCCCCAUGAACCUGUUCAUCAUGUACAUGGCCGGCAACACCAUCUCCAUCUUCCCGGCCAUGAUGGUCUGCAUGAUGGGCUGGCGCCCGCUGCAGGCCCUCAUGUCCCUGUCUGCCACCCUGAAGGCCCUGGAGAGCUCCAGCCGGCGGGCGCUGCAGGGGCUCGUGUUCCUGGUGGGCAACGGGCUGGGGCUGGCACUGGCCCUCUACAAGUGCCAGGCCAUGGGGCUGCUGCCCACCCGCCCCUCCGACUGGCUGGCCUUUGUCACCCCUCCGCAGCGAAUGGAGUUCACUGGGGGGGGCCUGAUCUUGUGACCCCCUGCGCCCACCCACCAAUAAAGGCAAUGGCAGGAUGGUGA